UCCCCGAGCCCCGCCGCAAAGUACCUUAAAGAUGGAUAUAGAAGACUGUAAUGGACGAUCUUACAUAUCUGGUAGUGGGGAUUCCUCUCUGGAGAAGGAGUUCAGCUCAGCGAUUGUGGGACCCACGGUGAGCACACCCAACAGCCAGCACUCCUCCCCGAGCCGCUCUCUCAGUGCAAACUCUAUCAAGGUGGAGAUGUACAGCGAUGAGGAAGCCAGCCGGCUGCUGUCACAGGAUGACCGGAUGCUCGAGAAGGAGGACAGUGUGAUCGUGGAGGAUUCGCUCUCGGAGCCCCUGGGCUACUGCGACGGGACGGGCCAGGAGCCGCACUCCCCCGGGGGCAUUCGGCUGCCCAACGGCAAGCUGAAAUGCGACAUUUGCGGGAUGGUGUGCAUCGGCCCCAACGUGCUGAUGGUGCACAAGCGCAGCCACACGGGAGAAAGGCCAUUCCACUGCAACCAGUGCGGAGCCUCCUUCACCCAGAAGGGAAACCUCCUGCGUCACAUCAAACUGCACUCUGGUGAGAAGCCCUUCAAAUGUCCCUUCUGCAACUACGCCUGCCGCAGGAGGGAUGCGCUCACCGGCCACCUGCGAACACACUCCGUCUCCUCCCCCACUGUCGGCAAGCCCUACAAGUGCAACUACUGCGGCCGGAGCUACAAGCAGCAGAGCACGCUGGAGGAGCACAAGGAGCGGUGCCACAACUACCUGCAGAGUCUGAACACUGAACCGCAGUCGCUGGCCAGCCAGCAAGGUGACGAGAUGCGAGACCUGGAGAUAGUGCCGGACUCUCUGCUUCACCCCUCGUCCGAUCGGCCGACGUUUAUUGACCGGCUGGCGAACAGCCUCACCAAACGGAAACGAUCGACACCUCAGAAAUUCGUGGGGGAGAAGCAGAUGCGAUUCACCCUCUCGGACCUCCCCUUCGACAUGAACUCCGGCUUCGAGAAGGACGUGGAGAUGGUCUCGGCCCACCACCCCCUCGACCCCUCCUACGGCAGCUCCCUGUCCCUGAUGGGGGGGGAGCAUCUUCGCCCCCUCCGGCUCCCCCCCACAAACUGCAUCUCGGAAGUGACCCCCGUCAUCAGCUCCGUCUACACCCAGAUCCAGCCUCUGCCGGGCCGGCUGGAGAUGCCGGGGAGCCGGGAAGCCGCCGAGGGGCACGAGGACGUGCCGGACGGGGUGCAGGUGGUGUACCGGGGCCGGGAGCAGGGCGUGUCGCCCACCAACGGCUGCCAGGACUCGACGGACACGGAGAGCAACCACGAAGAGCGGAGCUCGCAGCUGCCGGCGGGGAACUGCGCCAGCAGCCGCCAGAGCCCAGCCUACGCCAAAGAGGACCCCAAGCUGCCGGAGGGACCCCCGGCCGCCCGCUCCACGCCCAGCUCCGCCAAAGAAGCCCUGCGGGUGGUCAACGAGGACGGGGAGCAGAUCAGGGCCUUCAAGUGCGAGCACUGCCGCAUCCUUUUCCUGGACCACGUCAUGUUCACCAUCCACAUGGGCUGCCACGGCUUCAGAGACCCUUUCGAAUGCAACAUCUGUGGCUACCACAGCCAGGACCGGUACGAGUUCUCCUCCCACAUAGUGCGGGGCGAGCAUAAAGUCGGCUAA